GCACUAAAGCGGAGAAGCAGAAGGUUGUGUUGUGGUCAGCAGUCCCCGCCUCCGCGUUCGUAUGGUGUUGUUGGAGGAACAGAAACAAGAGAUGAACAAUCGAAGAUUCUGAGAUUUUCAGAUUCAGGAACUGAUAUUCAGCAGAGGAUUGGACAGCGCUUUACUAAUGGUGCACAAAUCCUCUUCAGUUGUGCUCACUUAAUGUCUUCUGAAUUUCUACUUAUGAAAUAAAAAAGAAAUAAACGACAUCCUGGUUCAAGACCUCUCCUGUUCUUAGUGUCCACAGCUCAAAUUUGCAUCCUUCAACACAUCAGGACAUCUCAGCAAGUGUAAUGUUAAGCUGUUGAAACAGGUAAAAUAUAAGAAUAUGGCAUCCAGAAGCUCCAGUACCCAGCCAACGUCAUCUAGUACCCUACACAUAAACGCAUCUCACAGACAAACACAGAAAGUAAGCGAGAAGAGAACUCACUACUGCUCAGAAUGUGGAAAGAGUUUUAUUAGUCAUAGUCAUCUCCAGCGACACCAGCGCAUUCACACAGGAGAGAAGCCGUAUCACUGCUCAGAGUGUGGGAAGAGUUUUAAGCAUCAUAGUCAUCUCCAACGACACCAGCGCAUCCACACAGGAGAGAGGCCGUAUCACUGCUCACAGUGUGGGAAGAGUUUUACUGUGCAGAGUACUCUCAAAACACACAUGCGCAUUCACACAGGAGAGAAGCCGUACUAUUGCUCAGAGUGUGGAAGGAGUUUUAAUCAACAGAGUUCUCUACAUCAGCACCUGCGCAUUCACACAGGAGUUAAACCACAUUAUUGCUCAGAGUGUGGGAAGAGCUUUACUCUAAGGAGUAGUCUCCAGCAACACCAGCGCAUUCACACUGGAGAGAAGCCGUAUCAGUGCUCAGAGUGUGGGAAGAGUUUUACUCUACAGAGUAAUCUCAACACACACCAGCGCAUUCACACUGGAGAGAAGCCGUAUCACUGCUCAGAGUGUGGGAAGAGUUUUUCUUUGCAAAGUAAUCUCACAACACACCAGCGCAUUCAUACAGGAGAGAAGCCGUAUUACUGCUCAGAGUGUGGGAAGAGCUUUACUCUACAGAGUACUUUCCAAAAACAUCAGCGCAUUCACACAGGAGAGAAGCCGUAUCACUGCUCAGUGUGUGGGAAAAGUUUUAAUCAACAGAUUCAUCUGCAAAAACACCUGCGCAUUCACACAGGAGAGAAGCCGUAUUACUGCUCGGAGUGUGGGAAGAGUUUCAGGCAGUCAAAUCCCAUGAAGACACACAAGUGCACUAAAAGCAGUGAUUGAAAUAGACAGUAAUAAGUGUAACCAUAACACUGUUCUGGGAAUCUAAAGGGGAUGGUGCUUCCAGCCCAGAUUAUUGUUUUUUAGAGGGGAAAUCCACCUUUUAUUGUUUUAUACCAGGGGUGCACAACUCCGGUCCUGGAGAGCUGGUGUCCAGCACAGUUUUGAACUUUCCCUACUUAAACCCACCCAUUAACCUGACAAUUAACAGAUGAGUGUAAUCAAAUGUGGUUAAGCAGGUAAAUCACCGAACUGUGUCGGACACCCGUUUAUACUAUUUCCAAAGUAUAUGCAUAAAAUGAAAUAUCAUUUCCUGUGCUGAACACAGUUUCAAGCCUAUAGCCCAUACACCAGGUUAGGGGGUGCUAGGGGGUUCCUCUUACAGCAUCCCUAUUAGGACCUUCUAAAAAACUUUAAUUUGCCUUUUCAUGUAAAGUAUUUAAAUGUAAUAUGGCUAAGAGCAAGUAAUCUGUGUACCAGUUCCACACAGUAGACUGCUGAAACAGAAUCAGGCUACAUUAACUGACAGUCUAAAAUACUGAUCUUUAGCUAGUCAUUAUAUUUAAACUUAUACUCUCUCAUUAGAGAGAGUGGAUAAAUUGGACACAGUGGAUUUAAUUUUUAGCUGCUUAAAUAUGGAUCACUUUUUUAUUCAUUCCAAAAGACAACAAAAAGGCUGACAACUAAACAGCUACUGUUAAGAGAGAUACCACCUGCUGCCACUUUGAGUCAGUAGGUUUCUUUGUCAGUUGCAGUACUGCUUCAGUGGCCACAAGUGUGUUUAUAUCACCAUAUCCUGUGGUCAUCUUUACAGUGCAAGGACCACUGCAAACACUGCCAUGAUACCAUGACAACUGCCUUGUUGGUACAUCACCGCUACAAUCAUAUUUCUAGAAUGAACCAUAUAAUUCAGGGCUUCAAAGCACUCCAAAGCACAGAAAAAACUGCGUUUUCUGUAAAGCUGCUUUGAGACAACACUAGUUGUAAAAAGCGCUAUAUAAAUAAUUGUUGUUGUUGUUGUUGUUGUUGUUGUUGAUGAUGAUGCCUGAGAGCACAGCUGUGUAAAUAGUGGAUGAACGUUUAAUGUUUAUUAAUGUGAAGCAGUUAAUUCCACAUGAAAUUGAGACUGAUUUGUGCGUCACUAAAAUGCAGCAUGUUUAAUUUUGAAGAGCUGAUGUGAUGCAGAGUUAAAGGUUAGUCUAAAUCUUGAGGAAACGUGGGUGACAAGUGUUAGAUCAGCGUUCGAAUAUUAAACCCUCAUAUCGAAUCUUCUUUGCACUUAUUUCAGCAGGUAGCUAGAGUCUUACACUAGUGGUUCUUACACCUUGUGUGUUCAAUUGGUAUAGCGCCCCCUUCAAAUGUUUCGGCACGCUGUACCACCCCUGUCAAAAAAUUCUUUUGCUGUUCUUAUUAUACACAUUGUGACGGUGUGGUACUUUAAAUUCCCUCAGCCCAACUCCCAAAGUAGCACCAACUUUCAUUCAAAAUGUACAGUGAAAGCAAGUGAGAAGCUUCACAUUGAAUAGUAGAGCUAGUUUAGGUUCUAAUUUAAUAUUUCUAUUUAGCUAAAGUAGUUUACACAGUGUAGUAUUGUAUAAUCUUGGUUAUGUACUUCAUUGAUCCCACAAAGAUCAGUGUUGCUGCCUAACUCUGCCCAGGUUGGGAGCAGCACAGUGUAGCCAACAGACCAACGCUGCCUGUUGCCGUGGGAGGUUAGGUACUUUACCCAAGAGCUGCGACCAGGUAUACCCAGUCAGUCUGGGGGCCUUCCUGUUGCUGGCUCAGCUAUCUUACCAAAAGGCUACCAGCCAUGCCAGUGACCUAGGCCCAGUUUCUCAAAAGCACGAGGGGAUAUAGUUUAUCUCCUGUAAUUAAAUGUGAAUCUUUUUAAUAUAGAAUAUUGUGUUUAAGACUAUAUUUCUUACACAUAGGAAUAUCUGUUCAUUGGUUUUUGUGUCUUUUUUGUGUCUUUUGCGGCAAUGCGACUCAGUCUGAACAGCCAGAUCGGAAUUCAUGCGACUUUUACGUCAAUCCAACUCGACAUUCGUCAUAAUUUCGCGCUGCUGAGACUCAUAAACAUUUAGGCUGAUGUUUCUGUACCAAAACAUUAGAAGAGACUCAUCAAACCGCUCCGUGUUCGAAUAGGUUUCGAACGAACCGGCCGAACGGGGCCGGAGGAGUGCGAGGCUGCAGCGUCGGAGAACAGUUUAAAGAAUCCGAGGACACGAACCAAAGAAGUAUAACGUGCCCUUUUUUUCGGCGAACUGAAACACAUUAUGGGUGAUGAGCCCAGCUGUCAGUCAUUGGAAAUUUAGAAUCGCUCCUGUGAUGCUGGCGAAGACGAAACUGAAAGCUCCGGGAGCGACUGGCGUUCGCUGGCCGUCAUGACUGUUUACCUCUGGACGAGCCGCCACGUGAAGCAUUGUUUUUUUUCGCAUACGGGUCGGUUUAAGAGCCGAUCUGUUCAGACUGAUGUCGCAUACAGGUCACAUUUAAAAGAUAAUGUGAACAGCCAAACAAAAAAAUCAGAUUUGGUGGGAAGAUCAGAUUUGGGCCACUUUUACCUGCUGUGUAAACGUAGCCUUAUUUAAUCAUUACUAUUAUCUUCAGUUACGCCUUAGCGACCAAGCAUACAGGCAAUUAUGGUAUUAUUUUUAACACAGAGAAUAAGAAUUUACGUUUUUGAUUAAAGUUGAUUUACAUAUAAUGUGCACAACACCUGAGGGUGCUCUCAUCCUUCACCACUCUCCCUUUCUGUCUCUCUUGACUGCUAGUUUUAACCUGCUGAUUUUCUUUAAGCCUUUGUCUUAGUAAAGUUUUUGCAUUUGGUUAACAUGUUGAGCUGUUGACAAAAUUUUUCUGUGAGUUUAUUUUUACCUUUUCAUGUUCCUGUAAUCCCAAAAAAAAAAAAUCAUUUUUCUUACUAAAUAUCACAAUAAUAUUACUUUUAAAAUUCAAUGUAUUGUCUUUUCUUUUCAGUGGGGUGUUUUUUAUACAUCUCUGUGUAUCUCUCUCAUUUUUUCUGUUUGUGAUGCUAUGGUAAAUUACCCAACAGACAACAGACGACUGGUAGACCGAGUAUUCAGGGAGAUGCUUGCUUUAUCAUUUAAAAAUCAUAUCAUCUUUGUGCUUAGAUACUUUCAGGAAUCCCAGCCCUGAAUGAUAAUUCUCCUCCUUUCCACUUCAUAUAAGCAAUGUUUAUCAUCACAAGAACAUGGUGACCCUAAAGCCUUGUCAGUAGUACUGGUGUGCUACUAACACAAUGUUAUUAACAAACAGUCAGUGAACAAAGCAUAUAUCUUCUUGUAAUUUAGAUGUGAUCUCAUUGUCAAGUUUUUUUUAAAAGGUACAGCACAAGGUAAAUGGUAUGCCCAAAUGUUAUUGACGUAAGAGCUAUCAUCCAGUGAUCUGAAGAACUGGCAUAAAAGGCAUUUAUUUUGGGAUGGGGGAAAAAGAUUUGUUUUGUUAUUAAACUCAUACAGAAAAGAAGGCCUUGCUUUAUCCGAUUGCCUGUUUGGGUGCUAGCUGAGAGAGAAAAAGGUCUGCGUUCGAGGCACUGAGAAACUGACAUGAUGUGAAGCCCCUAAUAAUCCUUUUUAGAACAUUUAACCAACUAUAUUCUUGAUUUACUAUUUUUUUCUAGCAUUAUGCAUUAUGCAUAGCAUUAUGUUUUUUAUUUAAAAGAGUUUGUCUAAAAGUUCUCUGAAUAAAGUGACAAUUGACGAU